AUGCCCGCAGAUGACGAAGAUUCUAAUGGAUCUAUUCAGGACCUCGCCAACGGCAAGAUUGAGUCCUACAGGCACCUCCUCGCAUCUGCGGAACACACGCCAAAUGGGAGUGCACACUCUCCCACCGGCUCAGUCAAUAACGACGGUCGACCCCCGUCGUUGAGGCAGUCCUCCCUCUCCCAUCCCCGCCCCGAUGGAACCCCCAGAACCACAAACCGCGUGCGGUUCGAUAUCGAUGAAGCCCAGAGUACACAAGCCCCCGAAGAGUGGGUUGACGACGAGGAUUACCUCACUUCUCCCAGCCAGCAUGCUCCCUUGUUAACCGACAUCACUCCCCCGGCGCAGUCCCCUUUCCUCUCCGAAUCCUUCCAGCCAGAAGACCAUCUACCCGAUGCAAGACCUAAGAGUGGGAUGCGCAGUGCGUUCAUGAACAUGGCUAAUUCGAUCAUUGGGGCGGGGAUUAUUGGCCAGCCGUAUGCGUUUCGGCAGGCUGGCAUGACUAUGGGAAUAAUACUGCUGGUGAUGCUCACGAUUACGGUGGACUGGACGAUCCGCCUCAUUGUCAUCAAUAGCAAACUCUCGGGCGCAGACUCCUUCCAGGCCACCAUGCAGCAUUGCUUUGGGUCCAGUGGACUGGUCGCCAUUUCGGUCGCUCAGUGGGCGUUCGCGUUCGGCGGGAUGAUCGCGUUCUGUAUAAUUGUCGGCGACACUAUUCCACACGUUAUCGAAGCCUUGAUCCCCGGAUUGAGGGAUAUCCCUUUUCUGUGGCUGUUGACCGAUCGAAGAGCCGUCAUUGUCCUUUUCAUACUGGGUAUCAGCUGGCCACUGAGCCUAUACAGAGAUAUUGCAAAGCUCGCGAAGGCAUCUACAUUAGCGUUGAUCAGCAUGCUGAUCAUCAUUGUGACGGUCGUCUCUCAGGGAGCCAUCGUCGACUCAGAUCUACGGGGUAACGUGAGAGGCUUGCUCUUUGUCAACGACGGAUUCUUUCAGGCCGUUGGAGUGAUCUCGUUUGCUUUCGUCUGCCACCAUAACUCGUUGCUGAUUUACGGCUCUCUCAAGACACCAACUUUGGACCGCUUUUCGACCGUGACCCAUUACAGCACCUUCAUCUCCCUGAUUGCCUGCCUGCUGAUGGCUUUGGCGGGUUUCCUCACGUUCGGAGACAAGACCAAGGGAAACGUCCUGAACAAUUUCCCAUCACAGGGACACGUGGUAGUCCAGAUCGCUCGCCUGUGUUUUGGGCUUAACAUGCUCACCACCCUUCCUCUUGAGUGUUUCGUCUGCAGAGAGGUGAUGAACAACUACUGGUUCCCCGACGAACCCUAUCAGCCCAACCGACAUUUGAUCUUCAGCAGUGCCCUCGUGGUCAGCGCCAUGUCGAUCAGCCUGAUUACAUGUGAUCUCGGGGCUGUUUUUGAACUGAUCGGAGCCACCAGUGCGUGUGCCCUGGCGUACAUUCUACCUCCGUUGUGUUAUAUCAAGCUCAGUACUAGAAGCUGGAAGACCAUCCCAGCGGUGGCAUGUAUUGUAUUUGGAUUUGCUGUUAUGACUGUGAGUUUGGUGCUGGCCAUGAAGAAGAUUAUCAAAAACGAUGGCGAGGUCCAUCAAUGCUAG